ACAUGUACAUUCCCAUACUUCUAUAAUCAAUAGUCAUGAAGGCUGUCUUAUCAUAUCCAAAACUUGAAUUAUCCAUCUUAACUAUCUGCCCACAUUUUCCUUUCACUAGCACAUAUAAUUGCAGGUAUAAUUUACUUCAAAACUAUACAAAUUGUCUAACACAUGUUACAUAAUUGACACAACCCAACUGUUUGGGUCAAUAUGAACACUACAGAGGGAUAACUAAUUGGUUUAAUAUGAAAAUGACUAUUCACUAUGGGAAACUGUACAACAGAUACAGGUGUUUAAGACAAAUGGGGACAUGAAAUGUGCACAUUUGCCACCAAAUGAAACAUGAAACACCUGUACUGAGUACAAGGAGACAGGAAGUAAUGAAAUAGUGUCAGCGUCUCUGUUACUUGAAAACUGUAUAUUAGAUACCAGUAACAUCUCCACUGAAAGAACUGUUACAAAACAUUCAGUGAGAAUCUCAUCAUCAGUCGAUCUCCAGACCACCAUGGAUCUCAGUAUCUCUGAGUUUUACAUGCAUACACAGCUGAAGAUUUCAAGGGUGUUGGGCAUAUGGCCAUGUACUGAACAAACUGCGCUCUGGAAAAAAAUUAUUUUCAAAAUUGUGUUUUACUCAAUGUUAGGCAUAAAACUCAUUACACUUCCUGCUGUCCUGUACCACGUUUUUGAUAAAUGGGGCAACUUGCCAGAUCCAUUUGGGACUGGGGUAGUACUAACAGCUCACUGCAACACAAUCUUCGGCAUGUUGUACAUACCUAUCAGAAUAAACAAGUUUCUAGCACUCCUUGAUGCAAUGGAUCAACAUUUUAUUAUACCAACAGAUUCAACACAACAACAUCUGUUUGAUGAGGCCAUGAAAUCUGCUUCUUUUGUCACCAAGGUUUUCAUUGGAUCUGCUUUAUCUACUGCAAUGUCUUAUGCAGUUAUCCCUUUCACUUCCUAUACCAAUGGCACCAUGACUUAUCCACUACCUUAUCAGGCAGCUUUUCCAUUUGAUGUAUCUCAGACUUCAGGCUACUGGACGGCCUAUUUCCUACUGGCGAUCAGUAUGAUGACAAUGUCUACAAAUGCUUCAGUUAACUGUGACUUCAUUGUAUCAAUGGUAAUAAAGGUAACGUGUCAGUUUCGUUUCCUUCAACUCAUGAUUGCCAACAUUAAGGAAGAAGCAAUCAAGAGAAAUGAACAGAAACAACAGGAGAGAACCAAGAAAUCUCAAGCCACUGAUGGGAAAUUAUCACUAUCAGAACUGUCAAUACUCAGGCUCAUAGACACAGAUAAAGACAAGACAACUGAAGGGUUAAUGCAUAAUGAUGAAGGUAAUCAUGAGACAGAACUACACUCGGAAGUCUUAAAGAGGCUGUCAGAAUGUGUGAAGUUCCACCAAGUGCUGCUGCAGUAAGUGUAUAGGAAGUAGAAAUUCUAAUACUUUAGACAAAAUUGUUGUACAAUGUAUAAAAAUAUGCCUGCUUUGUUUAAUAUGCAAGCCUCAACUAGUGAUGAGAAAGUAAUUAGACUUGAAAUGCACGGAAUGAUUGUUGCACUCUUGUACUCACAAAAAUACAUCAUCAUUCCAAAUAUAAAAAAAAAGUAGAACUUUAUUUACAACAAAGGCAUCUGAGAAUGCUCUAGGAAAUGCGUGGAAACCAAAACACUCAGCAGUGGUCUUCUGGGAUGUGAUCCUGUGUUGUCCAGAAUAUGGUUACCAAUGUU